CUUUAACGGGCUGCAUAUGCAAAAGGUCGUCCGUCUCCCUAACACACCUGACAGGACAACAGAAUGAAUUCUCUGAAUGAUCUGAGGGACAGCAUGGUCAGACGUUGGGCUACUUCAUGCCUCCUGCUGCUUUCCGGAGCUUUCUGUGCAUUUGCACUGGAUGUUACACAACUUCAAGUGACCAGCAAGAUUAUCUCAGAAGUCUUCAUGGUCACACAGAAUAAUAAGUACAGCUUCACUGCCUCUGUGGCCAUUGAAGUGUGUGAGGCUCUACACGCAAACAUCGCAACCAAGGCUCAGGUGGAGACGGCGCUCCAGAAUGGCUUGGAGAUGUGCAGAUUUGGCUGGGUGGAGGAGAAGAUUGCAGUUGCCCCACGUAUUCAGGCCAACCCAAGGUGUGGCCAGAGUAAAACUGGACUCGUCCCUUGGAGAGCCCCUGAAAGCCAACUUUUUGAUGUGUUUUGCUUCAAAGAUACAGGCACAGUGACAACCCAGAGAGCCAUGGCAACUAGAAGUGUGACCACGAAGAAACAGGAAGGAAGCACUUCCCCUCGACACCCUGUGACACUUCCACCCCUUAUCACCUCUGUUCUGACCAGGAGGGUCCCCCUCCCCACCUCCACCAUCUCACCUCAUGCUAUCUCUCCCUCCAUCCCUCCCCCACCCUCCAAAAAAGCUGAUACAACGCUCCACAAAACUCCUGUCACCACCACCAGCACCACUACUCGCCGGACAACCACCUCUACUCGUUCCUUCCCAGCCUCCUCUACCACCACCUCCACCUCCACCACCACCUCCUCCUCCACCUCCACUCUUUCUCCUCCAGUGCAGACAGCUGGUCUUGCUCCAUUCCAUUUAGAAUACUCUGUACAAUCUAACCUAGGAGCAGCACCUGUUGCACUCCUUGUCACACUGGGUCUUCUUUUUGUCCUCUUGGCUGCAACAGCUGUGUAUUACAAAAAAAAAGGAAGGAGUCUCCCACUCCAGAGGCCGGAGCAGGAGAAAGGAGCUGUUGAAACGGAGAUGUUCAAACACUUCCGUGAGCGGGACCUGAAGCGACACCCCUCAACAGGAGACGGAGAGAGAAGCAGGAAGUGCUCCAGUGACAUCACUCUCCUGAUGGAGCAGGAAGCCAAAGCAGAGAUAGCAUAGGGACACAUAUGGCACCGCGCAUGAAAAUCAUCUCCUCCUAAGUGACUGAGACAACAUACUGGAGAAGAUAUCCUCAACAACACCAGAAAUCUAUGUAAAUAUUUUCCUUUCCUAUGUCCUUUUUUGCUUAACUCUGAAUCCUCUCAUUGUCUUAUGGUCAUGCCAUGAGACCAUUUCAAGUAAAGUGGCAAUCACUAACUCUGCAAUUUUACUAAGUCUGCAAUCAUGCAAACAAAAACCAUUUGCAUUACUCUCUCACACCUUUUCAUCAGGUUUUUGCACCUUCACUUCUUAUGCUGUACUGUAUAUACGGUGACUCAACUGCACCUCAUGGAGCCACUGACUUUGAUAUUGUUAUGGUUUGUGUAUUAUUCUCUAUUACAUAACAUUUUGUGACACUUUCUCUUGGCACAACAUCUCUGCCAACUGAACACAACCAGGCAUCUGAGAACCAAUCAUGAUUAUAUGCCAGGGCAACAGCAAACUGCUCAUUCAGAUCCAAGUCAAAGGUCACCAUCUGUAUUCACAAUUUCCCCAUUUAAUAAAAUUGGACUGAAAGACUCAUA